CUAUAACACUAACUUUACCUUUCCUUGCCGUCAAGACCUGUCUGUUUGUCUACUGCAAACCCUAAUUUCUCCACCGAUUCCGAUUCCGAUUCCAAUUCCGUAACGUCGGACGUUCGCCAGAAUAGCGAUGGCGAUAGCGGCACCGGGACAGCUGAACACGACCGAAUCCCCAACGUGGGGCUCCCGAAGUGUUGAUUGUUUCGAGAAAUUGGAGCAGAUUGGUGAAGGAACUUACGGUCAAGUGUACAUGGCUCGGGAAAUCCGAACAGGGGAAAUUGUUGCUUUGAAGAAGAUACGGAUGGACAAUGAGAGAGAGGGGUUCCCCAUAACUGCCAUACGCGAGAUUAAAAUUUUAAAGAAGCUGCAUCACGAGAAUGUAAUAAAGCUUAAAGAGAUUGUUACUUCUCCAGGCCCUGAGAAAGAUGAGCAAGGGAGGCCAGACGGAAAUAAAUACAAGGGGGGAAUUUACAUGGUUUUUGAGUACAUGGACCAUGACCUAACAGGGCUUGCUGAUCGUCCUGGGAUGAGGUUUACGGUUCCACAGAUUAAGUGUUAUAUGAGGCAGCUUUUGACGGGGCUUCACUACUGUCAUGUAAAUCAAGUACUUCAUCGUGACAUCAAAGGUUCCAAUCUUCUAAUAGACAAUGAAGGAAAUUUGAAGCUAGCAGAUUUUGGGCUAGCGCGUUCAUUUUCAAACGAUCACAACGGGAAUCUUACAAAUCGUGUGAUCACAUUAUGGUACAGACCACCGGAGUUGCUGCUAGGGACCACAAAAUAUGGGCCAGCAGUGGACAUGUGGUCGGUUGGGUGUAUUUUUGCUGAGCUGCUUCAUGGGAAGCCUAUUUUUCCUGGCAAAGAUGAGCCGGAGCAAAUAAGUAAAAUCUUUGAGCUGUGUGGAGCUCCUGAUGAGGUAAACUGGCCUGGUGUUUCUAAGAUUCCUUGGUACAACAACUUCAAGCCCACAAGACCUUUAAAGAGGCGCCUUAGAGAGGCCUUCAGGCAUUUUGAUCGCCAUGCUUUGGAGUUACUUGAGAAAAUGCUCACUCUUGAUCCGUCUCAGAGAAUAUCAGCCAAGGAUGCACUUGAUGCAGAAUAUUUUUGGAUUGAUCCGUUACCUUGUGAUCCCAAGAGUUUACCUAAAUAUGAGGCUUCACAUGAGUUCCAAACCAAGAAAAAGCGUCAGCAACAACGACAACAUGAUGAAGCCGCAAAGCGUCAGAAAAUACAACACCAACAGCAGCAACACUCGCGUCUCCCACCAGCAAUGCAGCAGCCGUCGGGUCAACCUCAUGGUCAGAUGAGGCAAGGGCCUCCGAUGCAGCAGGUUGCAGGAGGCGGCCCUGGCCAUCACUAUGGCAAAUCUCGUGGCGGGCCUUCAGCAGGGCCAAGCAGAUACCCCCAGCCGUCUGGCGGAUACAAUCAUCACCCUAAUCGUCCUCCUCCACAAGCAUAUGGUCGGGGCAGUGGCGGUAACAGUGGCUAUGCGGGUCCACCGAAUUAUUCUCAAGGGGGCGGCGGUGGCAGCUCUUACGGUGGGGCUGGUGGUGGCCGUGGUAAUCCAAUGGGCGGAAAUCGUGGCCAACAGUAUAACAGCAAUAGUAACAACAAUAAUAGUUGGCAAUAGUAAAGAGGCUCAAAAAGUUGGCUGGGAGAGUGAGUUUGUGUAAAAAUCUUAAAUUUAUAUAGAUAUCAUGAAAACAUUUAUAGAUGCCUAAAAAUAAGGAUAUGUGUUGCUUCAAAAGGAUAAUUUGGUAAUUAUGAUGGACAAUGGAUCAAAUUCAUGAGGUUUUAUUUUUGUUGUA